AUGCCGAUACUUGUUCGAAAAGAGUUCGACAAUUGUCGAGAUGUAUAUCGAGAAGUAAAUCCAAAAUACGAUCCUGAGAUAACCACUCGGAAUUUAUGUGUGCUAGGAUUGGCUUCUGGCUGGAUUUUGUCCUUGCUCUGUAUCGUUGGAGGUUCAUUUAUAAUAACUUCACAAGACUGUAUAGCUCCAAGUGAAGUUCAGGGAAAAGCUUUCUUGAUUAGCUUUUCAGAAUGGGACUUACCACCGGGUGCCAAAAAUUUCCCGGGUCAUCGAAUCCUGCCUCUACGCCCUGGCUUAUCCAUUCUUUUGAAUCUACUCUUGAAUCUUUUCGUGACUACCAUACUCGACGCGACGAAUUAUAUUCAUGACAGUACUCUCAGAUGGGUGUUGCACGAUGAAGGACGACUGAGAUACAACUCAAAUAUCCGACUUUUCACUAGUUCGCGCCGCCACGGCCCCAAUAGCUGGUAUGCCAAUGUCGUUUCGCUCCUGGGCCUAGCCCUCACUCAUGGGUCCUUGUCAACUAUUGUCGUCAACGUCGUUGUCAUAGGGACUUGGAAUGAUAAAGCGAAUAAAUUUCAAUUCACCCCCGCAGAAACUGCUGACUUCAUCGAUAUCAAUUGCUUUGCAGUCAUUUUUCUGGGUGUUGGCAUCUUGCUCCAAGCCUGCGUGUCUACCUGCUGUUUAAUAUGCAGCCGUGGAGUGAAAACAUGGAGCAACAGUCUCUUGGCGAUUGCGAAAGCACGCUCAUACGACGAAAAACUCAAUACUGAAAGUUACACAUCCCCAGUGCUUCCGAAUCGGGAAAUUCAGAGCUCAAUGCUUGACGCAGCCCCACAGGUACAAUUCGUUCGUCGGCUUGUCUGGUGCUUUUCUGGACUAUUCAUGGCCUGGUCCCUGGGUUAUGGGAUUUAUAUCGCAGUGAAAGGCUAUGAUAUGGAUAAUGUUGUUGCAUGGUCCCAGGAUGUGCAGCAGUAUUGGCAGUUCUACGGAGGAACAUGGAUGGACUACGGUCGUCUACUCAAAUCGACACCCUAUUGGCUUGGAAUAAUGAUACAAACAAUUUUACAAUCCUUCAUAACCUUUGCACUGCACUGUGUGGAGCUUUUGUUCAAGAUUUCUCGCGAUGAGGCUUCGUGGCGCUGCCUCCAAUCCACUGGUUCCGAGAUUGAUCCGCCGAUUCUUUCCAAUAUUCAGUGGCAAACCAUGAUGAUGAUGACCUUCAAGGCAGUUGUUCAGUGGGCAUUCGGGUAUGCGUUUACAGCUGAUGAGACAUUCAACAUCGCGCUAUUACCUGCGAUCGCACUCAUGGGACUUUUUAUUUGCUUGAUGGCUGCCACUGAAUACAUGGUAAAGAAGAGGCCCAGGGGUACCCUUCCUGCCACAUACGGAGCAUUUGACCGAGUUUUGGAACUUGUUGACGAAUGGGAUCAUAAAAGGUUGUUUUGGGGCGAUAAAGGAGAUCUGGGCGAUGGAACAAGACUUGCUGGCACGGCUGGACGACGACUGGCAGAUUUGAAGCCAGGAGCAGUCUACGGCUGCCUUGACAAUCGCAAAGCCAUCACUCCGCCAGAGACAUCGCAAGACUAG